AUGGGGAAUACCAAAUCACAAGAGAAGAGUAGUUUGCUGAGAAAUUUUCAGUAUUUCAUAGUUCAAGAAAAUGGAGCCACAAGACAAAGGCAAUAUAAAUUAAUGUAUUUUGAUUAUUUGAAUUUUUUAAAAUAUGAAAUAGAUCAUGAAGCAUGGAAUUGGGAAAUAUAUAAAAACAAUGUCACUAAAAAAGGCGGAAGUGGUAAUCUUACAGAGGAAGAAUCAUUUUGUGGAUGGAAAGAAAUACAAAAAAAAAUAUUUGACAAACUUAUUAAAACACAAAAGGGUCAACAUCAAAACAAAUAUAAUUGGAACGAACAUGCAGAACCACUACUAAAUAUAGCACGCAAAAAAUUAAAAAAUACACCAGAUUGUAAGCAAAUUACCAUUAAGGAAAAUGAUAUCAAAGAAUUGCAGAAUCCUGUUUUUCCAGCUAUAUCUGGAGGAUCAUCAAGUACUACUUGUAAAGGUAUAAACACUGCACCCAAUUUACAUAUACCUCUACGUCGACGAACACUAUUUGUUGAGAAAAUGUAUGAAUACCUUAAUAACAUUAACAGCGAAAUUGCGAGCACAACAACAUUAAAGGAAGCUAUAGAGGGUAAAAGAGACGCCAAAAGCCAUAUAGCAGACGUUGCUGGUCGUCUGAAAAGGCAAAUGAUUGAUGGGUUAAGUACUGAAUUAAGCAACCUUAUAAAAAACAAAUAUAAGGGUACCGAACAUAAAGCAUUUUGUAAGGAAUGGCAACGCACUAUGGACGAUUAUCACACAUUAUUUUUAAAAGACGAUAUAGUUGAUGAAAAUGAAACUAAAGGAAUUCAAUGUUUAAUAGAACAAAUUGAACAAAAGGUAGGAGGUUCAAGCAAAUUUAGAAAUGCAUGGAGUUCUCAUUUUAAAGAACUAGUAAGAGAUUUACAAACAUCACAGUUGAAAGACCCAACUACACAAGAAGCUUGUAGUAUAUCUCCUGAGGAGAAAUCCCAAUGUAUUCGUUUCUUUGAAGAAUGGGCAGAAGAAUUUUGUAAAUUAAAAAAAGAUCUAGGAGAAAUGAUGUUAAAAAAUUGUAAGGAUGACGAUAAACCUAAUUCUACAGAAUGUAAAAAAAUAUGUAAUAUAUAUAAAAAUUUUCUAGAAGAGUCACAAUCGUAUUAUAAAAAUUAUAAAGAUACAUGUGCUGAUCCGAAAUUUGGAUAUGAUAGCAGAACAGAUUUACAAGAAAGUUUUUCUAAAGCUGCUAUGGAUUCUAUGACUGAAUGUUGUACAGAUAUGGGUCAUUGUAGUGACACACAAUUAUUUAAUACUAACGCAGAUAAAAGUAAUUUGAUUUAUAAUUGUAUGUGCGAAAAAGGAAAAUAUACAAGCGAAAGAAAAACAAAAACAGAAUGUUCAAAAUACAUGGCACAAAAUGCUGUUAGUGGAAUACAAGUUCCUCCACAACAACCUGGUACUUCUGGCCAAAGUGUCGUGACUGCCACCAGUGCGAGUCCCAAAACCGUGAUGGAUAUAGCCAAACAAGUGAUGGAGGGGGCGAAAACACAGUGGAAAAGUCUUGAUACUGAGGGUAAGUUGAAAGGAGAGCCACAUAAAGGUAAAUAUUCCCAAGGAGGUACGGAAAGUGAGUUGGAAAGCGAUAUAUGUAAAUUAAAGAUCGAACACUCCAAUGAUGUUCGUCCAAAAGAUACUGGUUAUGAUAGAUAUAAAGGCCCCUGUACUGGUAAAGAUAAUGAUGGGAAACGUUUUGUUAUAGGUACUCCAUGGAAAGAAGGGAGCACAAUAGAUUUGGAAAAUGGAGAACUUAUGUCCCCUAGAAGAGAACAUAUGUGUACUUCAAACUUAGAGAAUCUAGCCGGAAAAGGUGAAUCCCCAAAAUUCCUAAGUGAAAAGAAUGCCAAAGUCAACGACUCGUUCACUGGAGAUGUAUUAUUAUCAGCAAAAGAAGAAACACAACGAAUACUUCAAAUGUAUAAACAAAAUAACGACAAAGAUGACCAACCUGGAAUGUGCCGGGCCGUGCGGUCCAGUUUUGCAGACUUAGGGGAUAUCAUACGUGGGAAAGACAUAUGGGAGAAAAACACAGAUAUGGGGAGAUUACAAGGGCAUUUGACAAAGAUAUUUGAGAAAAUUAAAACAGAAGUAGGUGGUAGCAAAUAUAGCACCGACACCGAAAAUACCACCCCCCCCUACAAAACAUUGCGUGAACAUUGGUGGUCGGCCAACCGCGAACAGGUAUGGGAAGCAAUGAAAUGUCAUUUACGUGAUAUGUUUGCUGCAACUGACACGAAAAGUAGUACCACUGGCUUGUGGGGUGAAUCCUCGGCAUUUUGUGGAUAUAACACCGAGGUACCUGUGGAUGACUACAUACCACAGAAGUUGAGAUGGCUCACCGAAUGGAACGAGAGCUAUUGCAAACAAUUGGAACGUCACUAUAAGGAUAUUUGGGAACAAUGUACGAUGUGUAAAAAUAAUGAACCAUGUGAUAAAUACAAUGAGAAAUGUGAUAUGUGUUCAGGUAUGUGUGAAGCAUACAGUAAACAUGUUAAAAAAUGGAAAGAACAAUGGACAAAACAUGAAACACAAUACAAAACAUUAUCCCAGGGAAAUGGUAGUGAGAAAGACUUUAUUGAUAAAAUUAAAAAUGGAAAGAACAACAAUUAUGAAAAUGCUUCCGAUUUUGUAGAAUCAAUGCAAGGAUAUAAAUAUUGUAAAAAUACACCUCAAAGAGAAUAUAAGAAGGAAAAAAGUGGUAAGGACUAUCAUGUAUUUGAGGAAAAACCUAAAGAUUUUAAAGAUGCAUGUGAUUGUAAAAGCAAAGAUCUGACGACAAAGACGAAACCUGGAGCACCUGCAGCACCAACACCUACAACAAAAAAGUCAGAUGAAACAACAAAAUGUGAGACUGCAUUUAAUGGAAGUAAUAGUGCUGCUCCUAAUGGUGUAACUUUGAGUGAAUGGGAUUGUACAUCAUACAGUGAUAUGUGUAUAAAAAAAGGUGGCACACAAACAAUAAGUGAUUAUAGUAAGAAGUUCGAUAAAAUAUUUGAUGAAUGGUUAACAUCUUUUUUUGAAGAACAAACAAAAGUAAGUAAUAAAUCCACCGAAUGCACAAAGUUAAAUUCAUGUCCUCCAAACGGUUGCGAUACUAAAUGUGAACAACAUAGUUGUAAAGGUAAAUGUCCUUGUUAUGAAAAAUGGGUCAAAAGUAAAAUUACAGAAUGGAGACAUUUUAAAUCAGCUUAUCAUGACCUUAGUUCGACAAAUCCAACUAUAUGGUUGACUCUUAAGAACAAGGGAAAUGAUGCAGAUCAAUAUGUAAGAAGUCAAAAAAGUGCUCUACUCACGACAGCGUCCAGUGGAAUAUCUGGAAAUUCCAACAAUGUUACUAUAGAUACAAUCCUCAACCACGAACAUACACAAGUGAAACAAUGUUUAGAGAAAUGUCCCAUAAAAAUUGGUUGUGAAAAAAAAGGGUUCAAAAACGAGUGGCAAUGUGAACCUAGUGGUACCGCACCUAGUGGUAGUAACAAGAAUAUGUGUGAAAAAAAAGAGGACCCUGAAGAUAACACAGGUGCUAGUGGCAAACAAAAAAGUGUUCCCACUAGCGGUGGUAAUGAUACUGAAAUGUUUUAUAAUUUGUUUAAUGAAUGGUUGCAUGAUAUGGAACAGAUGUUGGGCACAAGUAAAACACUAGUGGAGAAAACAUGUGGUAACACACGUGGUGGUACCACGAGUAGUAGUGGGACACCAAGUAGUGGUGGUGCCACAAAUACUAGUGGUGAGAAGGAUUGUAAGGAAUGUAAGGAGUUAUGUGGGUGUUAUGAGAAAUUAAAGGGUGAUAUUGAGAAACAAUGGAAAGAACAACAAAAGUAUUAUGACCAUCAUAAAGAUAAAGGAAAAGAUGAGGAGAUGAAAAAAUGGGAUAUUCAUACUUAUUUGAAUGCACAAUGUAUUAUAAAUGAAGCAGUAAAAUCAGAACAACCAGAUAGUGUACAAGAUGAUUUUGACAAGGUACAAGGAAAAUGUGAUAAACUUAAAGGUAGCCACGACAAUUAUGCUGAAGCAUUAAUAAAAAAGAGUGGUGAAGAUAAAACAAAAUUAUGUGAAGAGUGCGAAAAAGAUCAACCAUCAAAAACUCCUACAGAUGAUUGUAACAGUAUUCAGACAAUUCCCGAGAGUGAUUGUAAAGAAAAAAAAUAUGACGAAGUGAAAGAUCCUUCGAAAAACUCGUAUGAACGAGACAAAAAUUGGAAGUGUACCCAAACUGAUGAGAAAACAUGGGAAAAUAAUGUUUGCGUUCCUCCUAGAACACAACCUUUAUGUAUAGCAAAUAUGUACAAUUCAAGUAGUAAGGCAGUACAACUACAAGGAAACGAAAGUGAUUUGAAAAGAGAAUUAAAAAAAGCAAUAAAAACUGAAACAAAAUUAUUAUGGGACAAAAAUAAAAGUAAUCCUGAUAAAGCUUGUAGGUUAACACAUAGAAGUUUGAACGAUUUCAAACAUAUGGUGAUUGGGGAUAUGUUAUGGGGACCAGAUAGUAUUAAAAAAGUGCAGGAGAAAAUAGGUACUAUUAUACCAGGUGGUACUAAUAUUACCACUAGAGAAAAAUGGUGGAAAGAUAACGAAAAAGAUUUUUGGGAAGCAGUCAAAUGUGGCAUAAAAGAGGCGGCGGCAAAACCACAAAAUGGUGGUACCAGUGGCGCUGAUUGCCCCCGUUUCAUUUCUGACGAUGACCAAUUUGAGUGGUGGGCAAAAGAGUGGUCGGAGGACUACUACGACAAGAGGAACCACUUGGUGAAGGAUAUGGACACUGUAUGUGCUAAGGAUAAGGGUGGAUGUAAGGAUAGUAAUUCUGCUACUAGUGGACAAUGUAAAACUAAAUGUGACAUAUAUAAAAGUUUUCUUGAAAAAAAAAGGAAAGAAUGGAAAGAUAAUUUUGAAAAAUAUUUAAAAGAUAAAGAAAAAGAACUAGAAAAAACCACUAGUGUUAAUACUAAAGAGUAUAGUCCUGAAAUUUUUUAUUUAUUAAACCCUUGUACUUAUCAAAGUUGUGAUAAUAAAUAUAUAACAGCACUACGGAGUACUAAACCAUAUGGGGAUAAACAAAAAUUGUGCGCGUGUGAUUCACAGUCACAAACAGAGGAUGAAACCAAUCCGUGUAGUGAUAAGUUCACGGAAUAUGGUUGUUCUCCAAAAAAGUAUAAAGAUAUAUGGAGUACAGUGAGUGUCAAAAACGAAAGUGAUCGACGUCGUGUGUUUGCCCCGCCACGACGGAACAGUAUGUGCAUCGGGUGGCUCUUCUCUCCACUAGAUAAAAGUCGUGGUAAAAUGGCUGCCAAAAAUGAAUUGAGAGAUAAAUUAAUCGACGCAGCCAGGGGGGAAGCACACUACCUAUGGACAUACUAUAACGCCAAAGGUGGUACCACCGGUCAAAAUAGUGAUUACUGUAAAGCCCUGACACGUUCAUACUAUGACUAUAGUGAUAUGAUCAAAGGCACCGAUCUGUGGUCCGCGGGGUACUCACCACUACUGGAGAAAAAUAUCCACGAGGUUUUCGCGAUGAAAGAAAGUGGUAGUACCACUACACCGAGUGAGGACGAUAUAGUGAAGGAUAGACGUGGUUGGUGGGAAUCGGUACGUAAAGAUGUGUGGACCGCAAUGCAGUGUAAAACCACUGGUUGUAAUCCCACUAGUGGUGACGUACCCACCACUUAUGAAUCCCACGAUCAGUUUUUGCGCUGGUUUAUCGAAUGGGGCGAACAUUUCUGUGAACAAAAACAACACUAUAUGACGCAGUUGGACAAUAUAUGUAUAAAGAGGAAAUGUAACAGUAUGUGCGGGGGAACCACUUGUGAACCUUGUCAAAAACAAUGUGAAAAAUACAAUAAAUGGCUAAUGACUAAGAAAAAUGAAUGGAAAGGACAAAAAGAUAAAUAUAAAGAGGAAUACAAGAAACCAGGUGCAAAAAACAAAAAUACAUAUUCAGGAACUAACGAUAGUCCUCAUGAUUAUUUAAAAAAUAAAGCAACUGGAUGCAAUAAUGAAGAAUUUAAUAAAUUAUUUAAGAGACAAGAUGAAAAAUAUAGACCAUACAGAGUAAAAUGUAAAAAAUGUAUAGAGAAAUUAACACAAGAUAUUGUAGAAAAUAUUAAAAACAAAAAGAUUCCUGGUAGCGGUAAACCAGAAGAUAUUUUUUCUUUAUGUGACAAAGCAUGUGAAGAGUUAAAGAGCAAAGAUUGGUACAAAACAUAUGUUGAAGAGGACAAUGACUAUACUAAAAUUAAGGGUAAACCCAAUUGUGAAGGGCUAAAAAAAGAAGCAGAAGAUAACAAAAUUAAAUGGGACAAUACUGAGGGAGGAUUUAAACAUUUAAACAAUAAUUCAAAUACAAAUGAACAUGUAUCUGAAAAUAUAUAUAUUCCUCCAAGGAAACAAAAAAUAUGUUUUAAAGGACUAGAUGGAAAAUACGAUCAAGGUGAUAGUGGUGUUAAAGAUGAAGAAACAUUGUUCAAACAUUUGAUGAAAAUUUCUGCUAUUGAAGGAUUUAAUUUAGGAGAAUACUAUAAACAAAAAAAUAAUAAUAAUAAUAAUAAUGAAAAAUUUAAAUAUGAUGUUGAAGCUUGUAAUGCUUUAAAAUAUAGUUUUCUUGAUUUAAGAGAUAUAAUUCUAGGAUAUGAUAAUUUAGAAAUUGAGAAAAAUGGGACAGAAAGUCAUCUUAAUUCAACAUUUAAAAAAAUAUAUGAGGAUGAUGAUAAAGACGCUGGAAAACCCGGUAGUAUUUAUCGACGAAAUUGGUGGAAAAGUAACCAACAAUGUGUAUGGAACGCUAUGUUAUGUGGGUACAAAAAAGGACGUGGUGAAGACAUACAAUCGUGUAACACCAUACCUGAUGACACCACUUAUCCCGUGGGUACCGAUCGCCCUAGUGGUACCAACCUCCAGUUUUUGAGAUGGUUUGCCGAAUGGGGCGAAGACUACUGUGGUCACUACAGGAGGGAAUUGGAGAAAUUGAAACAGAAGUGCGAUAAUGUACAAUGUAAUAAUGCUAGUGAAGAAGCUAAACAAAAAGCUUGUAAAGAACAAUGUGAUAAAUAUAAAAAUUUUAUUAAACCAUGGAAAGAGCAAUAUGAUAAACAAAAAAAUAAAUUCACAACAGAUAAAGGACAGGAUUUAUAUACUCAAGAUAAAGAAGCAAAAGAGGCAAAAGAUGCAAGAGAAUUUUUAGAAAAAAAAUUAAAAAUAAGUUGUAAACACAGUGGUUCUACUAGUGGUCAAACUAGUGGUAAUUGCAAUUGUAUGAAUCAAACGUCGUCACAAAAUAGUGGUGACCCCGCCUCGUUGGAUCAACUACCUAGUGGGUAUGACCAAAAGUGUAAUUGUUCGAAUAGUGGUAGUAAACCAGUGGCACCACCACAAGUAGAUGUAUGUCAGCAGGUGGAACAAACACUUAACAGUAAGGACAAUAAUGGAAGAAUACAACAAUGUAAAGAUAAAUAUGAAGGGGGAAAAGACAAAUAUCCUAAAUGGGAUUGCGAAAAAUCAAGUUUAGUGUCUAAAAAAGGUGAAUGUAUGCCCCCAAGGAGACAAAAACUCUGCACAUAUAAUUUAAAAAACUUAAAGGAUCAAACAACAACGGGUUUAAGGAAAGCUCUCAUUGAAUGUGCUGCAAUAGAAACAUAUUUUGCUUGGGGAAAAUAUAAAAAGGAUAACAGUGUUGGUCAAAUUGGUAAAAAACCAGAUGAUGAAUUACAAAACGGAACUAUACCUGAAGAGUUUAAAAGAAUAAUGUUCUAUACAUUUGGAGAUUUUAAAGAUUUGAUAUUAGAAAAAGAUAUAGGUAAUGAUGUCAGUGAAAUAAAAAAGAAAAUAACUGCUGCUUUCAAAAGUGGAGGCCAAAAUGAUGAUGAGGCAACACGUAAAGCUUGGUGGAAAGAAAUUGAAAAAGAGGUUUGGGAUGCAAUGUUAUGUGCCCUAUCACAUGAUAGCACAACAAAGAAAGUGGAAGAAAGUAUUCGAACAAAAAUUGAAAACAACAACAAGUAUAGUGACGUCAAGUUCGGUGACACCACUAAAUCUAGUACUACCACUAGUGACGGCCUCGCGGCAUUCGCCUCUCGGCCGCAGUUUUUGCGUUGGUUCACCGAAUGGGGGGAACACUUUUGUAGACGUUAUACCAAGGAGUAUAAGGAUUUGGAUAAGGCAUGUAGUAACUAUAAUUGUGGCACAAAUGAACCAGAUAAAACAAAUUGUGAAAAACAAUGUCAAACAUAUAAAAAAUUUAUUCAAGAAUGGAAAAAACAUUAUACUAGUCAAAAAGGAAAAUUCGACAGAGAAAAAAGUACAUAUGACAGUGCUGAUGAUGAUGCAAAAUCUUCAAAAAAUGCUCAAGAAUAUUUAAAAAAAAAACUAGAAAAAUUUUGUUCAACCAGUGGAACUAGUCAAAAAUGUGAUUAUAAAUGUAUGGAUGAAACGUCAAAUCAAAAUGGUAAAGAUAUCCCCAAAUCCUUGAAAGAAACCCCAGAUAUAGUGGAAGGAAAAUGUCCAUGUCCUGUUAAGCCGGCACCGGUCAAACCGGCGCCACAAGUGGUACCACAAGGCGGAGGUGGAGGUGGAGCGGGACGAUCACAACAAGCAACAAAAAUUCUGGUACCUGAUGGUCAAGAUGGGGGUACUCAACAUGGAGCCAAACCUAUGAACCCAGAUGGAGGAAAUGCACAAGUUGACAUCACAUUUGGUACUACCACGUCUACAGUUACUCCCGCACCUAGUUCCGCACCUGGUAGCCAGACGACUGUUGACACGAAUUCCCAAAGUGGUCAAGGUAGUACUAGUGGUCAAGAUCCUGGUAGUAAUACAGCGGGAACCGGGCAGACAUCAACAUCACAAACAACACAACCUGGUGCUCCUUCUAUUCCUGCUCUUGAUCCUAAUGAACUCUGGAACAAAAUAAAAGAGAAUGUUUUGGCCCCUGUACUUACUGCUGGAGGUUUAGGUUAUGCAGGAACAAAAGCAGCUAUUGAUCUUGCAAAAAAAGUUGGACCACGAAUUGCAGAAAAAGCUGCAGAUGUUGCAGAAAAAGCUGUACAGACAGGAAUAAAAGCUGCAGGAGGAGUUGAUAAUGUUGCAAAUGUUGCAAAAGGAGCUGCAAAAGCUGGAAUAGAACUUGUAGACUUUGGAAUAAAAACUGCAGAAACAGUUGGACCAAUUUUAGAGACUACAUUAACUACUGCUAUUAGUUCAAUUACAAAUAGUGGUACCCAACCUCAACAACCCCAACCCCCUCCUCCUAGUGGUCCAAAUAGUGGUCCUAGUGGUAGUAGUACUCACCAAAAUCCGGGUUCGCCGAGGCCUGGAUCAACAACUGGUGGACAACAUUCACAAGGUGGACAUGGUGGACAGGGACAAGUAUCACCUGGAGUACCAACAGGACGUGGACCAAAACCCUCAUCCACACCUCGUGGAACCCAACCAACCGACCUCACAACAACCGUGUCCUUAUCUGCUAUACCUUGGGCUAUAGGUGUUGCGUUUGUUGGGAUAGCAUAUUUAUGGUUGAAGAAAAAACCCAAAUCUUCUCCUAUGGAUUUGUUGCGUGUUAUUGAUAUACCGAAAAACGAUUAUGGUAUACCUGAUAAAACAUCUACCAAUAGGUAUAUUCCAUAUGGUCGAUAUAAAGGCAAAACCUACAUAUAUGUAGAAGGAGACGAAUCGGACGAUUAUAGUUAUAUUCGUGAUAUAUCAUCUUCUGACAUAACUUCAUCAGAAAGCGAGUAUGAAGAGAUAGAUUUAUAUAAACCGCGUAGUCCUAAAUAUAAAACUUUGAUCGAAGUAGUACUAAAACCUAGCAAUAAAACACCAUAUGAUGACACAUAUAAAGAUAAUAUAGUGGAUAAUAGCUAUAUACCAAGUGGUAAAUAUGGUGACAAACAUAGCGAUAUACCAAGUGAUGCACCUAGUGAUAAUACCCCCACCUAUAAAUUGACGGAGGAAGAAUGGAAUAAACUGAAACAGGAUUUUAUUUUGAACAUGUUACAAAAUGAUAAUAUGGAUUUACCUAAUGAGAAUAUCAUUGAUGAUAAUAUUCCUAAGGAUAUCCAACCUGAUAUUAUACAAAAUAAUAUGGAUGAAAAACCUUUUAUUACUCAAAUCCAAGAUCGAAAAUUACAUAGUGAUGAUAGCGAUGUUCUUAGUUAUAAUAUUGAUUGGAAUGUUCCGGAAAAUAUUAUAACUAAUAACUUGGAUAUACCCAAAAAUGUUACAUCAAAUGAUCAAUAUUCUGGAAUUGAUUUAAUCAAUGAUUCGCUAAGUGGAAAACCUAUUGAUAUAUAUGAUGAGUUGCUAAAACGAAAAGAAAAUGAAUUAUAUGGAACAAAUCAUCCAAAAAAUACAACAACAAAUAGUGGUGUCAUGGAAGCAAAUUGUGAUCCUAUAUCUAGUCAGUUAAAUUUGUUCCAUAAAUGGCUUGAUAGGAAUCGAUAUAUGUGCGAAAAAUGGAGUAAUAAGGAGGAAAUGCUGAACAAAUUGAAUAAAGAAUGGGAAAAAGAGAACAAUAUAAAUUACCAUAUCAUAUAUAAUACCUCUAAUGAUAUUAUCAAUAAUAUUAAUAAUAAAUCCAAGUUGUCAAACGCAAACGUUUCUAUGGAAAUAAAUAUGGACAAGUUUAAUGUUACUAACACAGAUGUUCUUAAUGCGAAUAUAUCCUGA